UGAGCCUUUUUUCUUGGACAACAUGCAUAUUAAUAGUAAAUGGCCUCAGCUCUUCCCAUUUUUAACACUGGUCCUAGCUGCCUGGUUCAUUUAUAAGUAGCUCGUACUGGCACAUUAAUGCUGCUCGUCUAAACACUUUCAAACCCAACUCGAUUAUAACAGCAAACAUGGCCAUCCCUAAGACUUUCAAAGCUGCAAUCAUGCAGGAGGCUGGUGCCCAACACAUUAUAGAGGACCGCUCUCUGGCACCCCUUGAGAAAGGUGAAGUCGGUAUCAAGAUCACAGCGACCGCUAUUAACCCUGUUGACUGGAAAAUGCGCGAUUACAAAUUCUUUCUCAGCGAGUUCCCAGCAGUCGCUGGCUCUGAUGGAGCCGGCGAAAUUGUUGCCGUUGGGCCUGAAGUAGACGGUCUCGUCGAAGGUGACAGAGUCUUCUUCCAGGGAAUCAUCGGAAAGUACGACUAUUCAACUUUCCAGCAAUACUGCAAGAUGCCCGCGGCUUUGGUCGGUAAGACGCCUAAGAACAUCACCGAUGAACAGGCUGGAGGCAUCAGUCUUGCCACUGUCGCCGUCCUCACGGCAUUCUACGACAAGGCGACGGGUCACGGUCUUACUCCGCCGUGGGAUAAGGACGGCAACCAGGUUGGAAAGGACAAGGCGAUUGUGAUUCUUGGAGGAAGUUCUUCCGUUGGCCAAUACGCAAUUCAAAUGGCAAAACUUUCAGGCUUUUCAAAGGUCAUCACCAACUCAAGUGCUGCCCACGAACAGCAUUUGAAGAGCCUGGGUGCCGAUGUGGUGCUCGACCGCUCGAAGCAGUCAGAACCCUCGGACUUUGCCUCCGCGGUCGGCGACUUGCCAUUGGCCUUUGUCUUUGACGCUAUCUCAGCCAAGUCUACUCUUUUGCUUGGUGUCAAGAUUGUUCAAACGACCAAGACUCAGAACACAUAUGUCUACGCAGUGCAGAUGAACGCCGACGAGGAGGUGAAGAAACUCGGGGAGCAGGAGCCCAAGACUUCGGUCAAACCAGUGCUUGGCUUGGGCAGCAAGCCAGAAUUGCGAUAUUUGAGCGAGGCAUUGAUGAAGAACCUUGGUGGUGAAGAUGGCUAUAUUGCAAAGGGGCUUUAUAAACCUAAUCGCCCGGUUGUUGUGCCAGGUGGUUUGUCAGCCAUCGAGACGGCACUAAAGAGGAACAAGGACGGCGUUUCGGGCGAGAAGGUAGUCAUUAAGCCACAGGAAUCUUAGGUGAACUCUGGACGCCGUGCAAGUUUUGUUUUUCGCGGACCUGCACGAAUGAGCUCAGUGCAAGUAGUUAAUACAGUAAAAUUGGUAUAUCGCUAGCAUUCCCCGGCAUGAUUUUACGAUGUCGGUUGGACGCCACGCUACAUGCCUAUCCGGCAAAUUCCGAAUUCGAAGUUGCAUUUUUGUACA